AAUAUAUUGGCUUUUACUGUUAACAACACAUUAGCGAAAUGUUAGUUAACAGUUGUCCGAGCAAACGAGCGUAACGUAGAAACAAACAAGAAAGUUAUAUUAAAUGCAAUAAAUAAUUUGCAAUCAACAAAUAAAAUAAAGCUGAAAGUGAUUCACUUGCUCUCACUCACACAACUGAGCGCUUGGUUACCUUAAAAUGGAUGAUAUUACGGUGCACGAUAAUGGCUACCAGAACAACUCGUUCUGUCUGGUGGUGGGCAAUCGCACCACGAUCUUUACCAGCGCCUACAAUGGCAUACCCGAGACUCUUAUAUUGAAUACGAUCUUUUGGGUGCUGCUCAUCCUUCUGUUUACCACGCUGCGUCAUCAGGCGAGCGACUAUCGCCUGGCGCUAGUCAAUGCCAAUGGCACCAAGAAGCGUUGGACGGAAAUAUUUUAUUCGCGUGCCGCCAGCUAUGUCGAACCCCAACCGGGCACAUCCACGCAAGAGAAUCCCACACCCAGGCCCAGUGUGGAUUCAAAUCAAUCCCAGCAAGGGGACUCCACGCCGCUAUCGCCCAUACAAACCGAACCGGGCAUUUUCAGUUGGAUAAAAGUCAUCUUUAAGCUGCGCAAGCAAACGAUUCUGCUCCACUCAGGCCCGGAUGCGGUGCACUACUUGUCAUUUCAGCAGCAUUUAAUGAUUGUCAUGGCAGUGGUCACCAUCAUUUCGCUGGCUAUUAUUUUGCCCAUCAAUUUCUUGAAUGGACCCACGGAGACGCCGUACGAUGUUAAUGCAUUUGGGCGCACCACAAUGGCCAAUUUGUCGCCGAAUUCGUCCUGGCUGUGGGUGCACACGAUCAUUACCAUAUUGUAUAUACCGCUGGUGGUGCUGGUUAUGCGACGAUCCUCGGGUCGCAAUGCGUUCAAAAAGGCAGCUACGCGCACCAUCAUGAUAUCAAAUAUAUCCAUCAGUGAUCGCAACAAGACCGUCAUACGCAAUUAUAUGCAGGAGCUGUUCCCGGACGUGACCAUCGAGAGCGUCAGCAUUGCCUACAACAUUUCCCGCCUGUUUGUCCGUAACGCGGAAUAUGAAAGGGCGCACGAUGCGCGUGUUUAUUGUGAACACCAUCGGGAUCGGGACACGCUAAUGGCCAAGCCGGAGAUGUGCUCGUGCAAGAAGGAGAAUGCCUUCGAGUAUUAUCAACGCGAGGAGCGCAAGCUCUCUGGGGAUGUGGCACGUUUGCGAGCUUCGACCAUGAAUGAGCCAUUGGACAUUGCUUUUCUGACCGUCUCCACGGUGCAAGAGGCCCAAAAUAUUGUUACCCACUUUACGCCCGGCACAUACAGACAGUGGCACGUUAUGUUUGCACCAUCGCCCGAUGACAUCUUCUGGGAGAAUCUGAAUGUGAACAAGAGCCAUUGGUAUUUGAAAUUCGUUUGCGUGAACGUGGUGCUCUUCAUUGUACUUUUCUUCCUCACCACACCGGCGAUGGUGGUCAAUUUGCUGAACAGUCGUCCCUGGCUCAAGGAUACGGAGACCAAGAUAUCACCACUUGUGUCCGAGUUCUUGCCCACAUUGAUGCUGUGGACGCUGUCGGCGCUGAUGCCAGUCAUUGUUUCUAUAUCGGACAAAUGGAUGGGUCAUUACACCCGCUCCAAACAGAACUAUUCGAUAAUGACCAAGUGCUUUGGCUAUUUGCUGCUGAUGAUUCUUAUAUUGCCCUCAUUGGGCUUAACCUCGGCGCAGGCACUCCUGGAAUGGGGGCUAACUAACGAAACUGGACGUUGGGAGUGCAUUUUCUUGCCGGAUCGUGGCUCGUUCUAUGUCAACUAUAUAAUAACCGCUGCCUUUAUUGGUACCUCAUUGGAGCUGUUGCGUUUCCCCGAGCUAAUCGUCUAUAUAUGGGCACUCCUGAAGGCCACCUCAAAGGCGGAGACGCCAUAUAUACGUAAGUCCAUAUUGAUUGAGUUCCCAUUUGGCACACACUACGCCUGGACCACACUCGUCUUUACCAUAUCCAUCGUGUACAGCGUGUUCUGUCCAUUGAUAAUGCCUUUUGCUAUGAUCUAUAUAAGCCUGAAGCAUAUGGUGGAUCGCUAUAAUCUGUACUUUGCUUAUGGACCAUCCAAUAUGAUAUCACGCAAAGGUGGCAAAAUACAUUCCACGGCUGUCACCAUGACCAAGUUCUCGGUCUUGAUAUUGGUUCUGGUUAUGGCGAUGAUCUGCGUUUUCCGCGGCGAUCGUGGCAUGGCACGCUUUUUGAUACUCAUCAUCACCUUGGCCAUAACCGUGACGUUGUUCAUCUUUAUGUCGCCCAUCAAACGCUGUGCGGCGACGCGACGUCCAAGUAUUGUGGAAAUCGCGGGCCCUGCACCCGCCUAUAUACCCGAUGUACUAAAAACCCGCCCGGAAACCAGCGCCAGGCCCUCGGUAACGGGUUAUGCAGGAUAUGGCUCGGACAAUGUCUCCGAUUACGACAGCUCCCAGUACAGUGUCAAUAGCGUCGAGGCGUAAGAGCAUGUAUUUUUUAAAUAAUUUUUUGUAGCUAAAACGAGACUUGAUAAGCAAUCAAAGUGUUGAGACAUUUACAUAUUUUUGUAUUAAGAUUUUAAAAGCCGCUGUAACUUUCAAAUUGAUGUUUAAAAAGGCUUUGUUUGCAAAAUGAGAUGGAAAAUGUGAUAUCAAUUAGCCUCGUGAAUUGCGUCUGAGUUCAGUUGAAUAACGUUUUCAAAAAACGUGCCCUGCUGCGCCCCUAUAAAUGUAAUUUCUUUUUGUACAUACACACAUAUAUCUAUAUAUAUAUAUAUAUACAUAUAUCAAUAAUCAUAAUUAACCUACUUUAUAUAAUUAUUUGUAAUUGCAAU